AUGUUUCAAGAAAAUAACGAUAGUACUGUUAACGUUUUAGCACCAAGUUCACCUUCUUCUACCAGUUCGUUUAGUCACGAAUAUGAUACUUCAAAUUUUUUUUCACGCCUUCCAAAUGAAACUAUUUUUGCUAUUUUUGCAUUUACUUUGACUGAUCGAACAACGACCUUUGCCACCUCAGCAGCAAAUGAACCUAAUUCAACGACCACCUCAACAAUCGUUUGUUCACCACAUAAACAAAUUGCUAUACUUUCUCGAGUUUGUCGCUUAUUCCAUAAAAUAGCGAAUGAUGUGUUCAUAUGGCAAAUGGCUUUUGAAAAAAUUUUUGACUCUGAGGCUAUAAUUAGAGCUGGAAUUAUCGAAAAUUACAAUCGCCUAGAAGAAGGAGGUGUUGAAGGAGUUGAUAUUAUUGGUGAUACAAAAGGUGAAGGUGAAGGUAAAACAACUUCUCAAGUACAACCCUCCUCUUCUAGUUCGGUACAAACACAAACCGGUGGAAAUAUUUGGAAAGAAUUGUAUAAAGAACGUCAAAUUGCCUUAAAUAAAGUGAAAAAUUAUAUUACACCUACUUUACCUUCGCCUUUUUGUAAUGUUAAUUGUAUUUUAGAAGAUAAUGCUGACGAAGAUGAUACUCUUACUAACGACGAGGAUAGUUCAACAUUAAAAUCAACCGAUCAAGUUGAUGAUAAUGUUGAUGUUCCAUUAAUCGAUUUUAAUUUUGUAGGCAACCAGGAACAUGAAGAACAAACCGAAGAAAAAUAUCCAAAUAGCUCUGACCAUACCCUUGGAGAUGAUGAUGACUUUCUUUUUCAAGAAUUUGACCUGGAAGAUACCACUGGGGACGCCGUUGAAAAAGACGCUACAAAGGAAAAUGAUGCUAAAAUUGAUCUGGAGGACAAUGCAAUUUCCACUAUCAAAGUGGAAGAUAUUUCUCAAGACAUUGAUUUUGUAGGCGAGGAUCCAAUUACUUUUGAUGAUCCCGAGUUGGAUUCCAUAUUCGCUUCCAAUAUAAUUGAAAUGGAUCAAAUCUUCAAUGAUGCGAAAGAUGGCAAGACUAUUGCACGACAUUCUGAAACAUUAGUUAAAGAUACUGAUAAUUCUACUAACGAGGUAGAUAAUGUUUUUGAUCAAAAUCAGGAUCUUUUUAAUUCGGAAAUUAAGGAUGAUCUGGAUGAAACCUAUUUACAGGAUUAUUAUGAAUCAUCUAAAUUACCGGAUUAUGAGGAUGAGUCUUCUCAAUUACAGGAUUAUGAUGUUGAGACUUCUAAACUGGAAGAGCUUAAAUUACCAGAUUUUGAAGAACUUUCAUCUAAUUUACCUGAUCUUGAAGAAGACCCUUCUUCUAAUUUACAUGAUCUAGAAGAACAACCUUCAUCUAAUAUUCCUGAUCUAGAAGAAGAACCUUCAUCUAAUUUGCCUAAUUUGCCUGAUCCAGAAGAAGAACCUUCAUCUAAUUUUCAGGAUGAGGAACUUAAAUUGCUUGAUCACGAAAUACCUUUGUCUAAAUUACAGGAUCACGAGGGCCCUAAAUUACCCGACAUUGAAGAACCUUCGCCCAAAUUGCAGGAUUAUGAAGAGGAGUUUAAAUUACCUGAUCACGAAGAAGAAUCCUUUAAAUUACCUGAUUAUGAUGAAGACUUGAAAGAAUCCAUUAAUGAUGACCUACCUGCUUACGAUGAAAAUGAAGUAUUUCAAUUACAGGAUUACGAUGAAGAUAAAAAAUUGACUAAUUUGCAAGAUUUUAAUAAUAAUAAGACAGAAAUUGCUUCAAAUGUAGUAGUAUUAAACGAGCAAGAAAAUGAUUUACCCGCUUAUGAUGAAAAUGAUGGUGUUGAAGACGAGGUAAAAAGUGUUAAUCUACAGAAUGAAGAUGUCGCCUUCGAUGAGGGUUAUCAAGGAUCUGAUAUUCAAAGUCGAAGAAUACGAAUGAGCUUUACCCGACAGAAUAAUAACCCGGAAUUAUUAAAGAUUUUAAAUACUAUCUGGAAAAUUUGCAAAGAGAAUGAUGGAAUGAAUAGUGAAGUAUUAUUAGCAUCAAAUGUCAAAGAAUUUACGGUGAGCCUAAUUCAGGCACUGGAUAAAACGAAUACUCAAAUCGAUUGUUUAUCUAUUGCUUUACAAGUCCUUUCAAUUUUAAUGGCUUGGCACCCAGAGCUUGCGAUUGGUUUACAAAAAAUGGACACAUUUUGGUCAAAUAUUCAUGCUUCAAUGAUCAUCCCCGAUAUAUUUUUCCCAGAAUCAACGGAUAAUGAUGUCAGACUAAAACAUUUAUAUCUUCCAGCAUCAGCAGGAUCAGCGAUUCACAUCUUUUUUCGCAUAAAAUACGUCAAUUCGAAUCGAACGGAAUCUAUUUAUAACUUCUCGCCGCCGCCUCCAAUCGUACCAAAUUCCAAAAUUUUCAACAAUUUAUACCAAAAACCUGGAGAUGAAAUUAUUCAACCAUAUAACGACGAUGAAUAUGACGGGAAAUGGUUUGGGUAUUAUUCAGAUUUCCAACCAUUACCUUAUCAAUAUUUGGAAGGGGUAACACAAGAAUCAGCAAUGGAUAUUACGUUAAAGUUUUCUCCACCAGAACCGGGUAAAGUAUGUAAUUUAAGUGCUUAUUAUUAUUUUAAUCCAAGCGCAUUGGUUACUGAUAAGGUAGUAAAAGAAUUUUCUGGUAGCGGAACUGAUCAAGUUGGUGAGUUUAUUAUUAAAAAAGGUGUUAUUACCGAGAAAGGAAAAGUGAAUUUUAUAAAAACAUAUGUUGCUCGUCAUAGUUGGAUUUAUGAUGGUGUUUUAUUGCCUGUUGGAAUCUGCGGUAGAUGGGGAAGAGCAAAUAAUUGGGGAGGCAAUUUCUGGAUUUGGAAAAGAUAA